AUGGACACAGUGUUGGAUCCAUUCACGGGGUUGGAUUCAUUCUCCUCUCCUUAUUUCGACGACGAUGACUUGUUCACGGAUCAGUCCUCUAGGGACCAUUUGGAGACAGAUGAUUUCUUAGACGACGACGUCGACUUUCUUACCAGCCAAAUUCAAGAAUACUACAAAGACAGUCGGAUAGCGCAGGACGGGGAGUACUGUGAUGUUGGUAACUUCUCCUUCUCUUCAUCUUCGUCCACCUUCUCCUACGGAUGUGCGGACAGCACCUCGGAGCUGUCCCCGCACAGAGGCGACGGCCCGCUACUAAAAAAGCGGAGGCGCAUGAGAUCUGAGGCAGAGAUGCAACAGUUGAGACAAGCUGCCAAUGUGCGCGAGCGCCGGAGAAUGCAAUCCAUCAACGAUGCUUUCGAGGGGCUGAGAUCUCACAUCCCUACGUUACCCUAUGAGAAGAGACUUUCUAAGGUGGACACUUUACGGCUGGCGAUCGGUUAUAUCAAUUUCCUUGCAGAACUUGUGCAGUCCGACAUGCCAAUCCGGAACUCAAAUAGUGAUGCUUUGAAUCAGCCUAAAAAAGUCAUUAUCUGCCACAGGGGAACAAGAUCUCCGUCUCCAAGCGACCCUGACUACGGGCUGCCUCCACUUGCUGGUCACUCGCUGUCUUGGACUGAUGAGAAACAGCUGAGAGACCAGAACAUCAUUAGAACAGCGAAGGUCUGGACCCCUGAGGACCCACGAAAGUUGCACUUAAAAUCAUCGCUCAAUGACAUUGAGAAUGAGCCACCUUUCAACUUCAUCUCCUAA